AUGGCCCGCAGCGUCUCCGACUACUCCCUGGGCUCCGAGUCCGACAGCUCCAAGGAGGACACCGUCUACGACACCGUCCGGGCCGCGGCCGGCAGGCCGGGCGGUGCCAGGACCGCCGAGGGCCCGGGCCCCGCACUGGUCAUCCGCAUCGUCAUCCAGGACCUGCAGCAGACGAAGUGCCUCCGCUUCGACCCCGACGCCACGGUGUGGGCGGCCAAGCAGCGGGUGCUGUGCUCGCUGAGCCAGAGCCUCAAGGACGUGCUCAACUACGGGCUGUUCCAGCCGGCCCGCGGCGGCCGCGCCGGCAAGUUCCUGGACGAGGAGCGGCUGCUGCGCGAGUACCCGCCGCCCGCCGGCCCCGGCGUGCCCGCCCUGGAGUUCCGGUACAAGAGGCGGGUGUACGGACAGCGCCCCCCGGACGAGAAGCAGCUGGCCAGGCUGCACAGCAAGACCAGCCUGCGGAAAUGCAUGGACUACGUGCAGCACCGCUCGGUGGAGAAGAUGGUGAAGAUGCUGGACCGGGGCCUGGACCCGAACUUCCACGACCUGGACACGGGCGAGACGCCCCUGACCCUGGCGGCCCAGCUGGACGACUCGGCGGAGGUGAUCAAGGCGCUGCGGAACGGCGGGGCGCACCUGGACUUCCGCGCCCGCGACGGGCUGACGGCGCUGCACAAGGCCGCCCGCGCCCGCAACCGGGCGGCCCUCAAGACCCUCCUGGAGCUGGGCGCGUCCCCCGACUACAAGGACAGCUGCGGCCUCACGCCGCUCUACCACACGGCCAUCGUGGGCGGCGACCCCCACUGCUGCGAGCUGCUGCUGCAUGAGCGGGCGGCGGUGUGCUGCCGGGACGAGAACGGCUGGCAGGAGAUCCACCAGGCCUGCAGGUACGGGCACGUGCAGCACCUGGAGCACCUGCUUUUCUACGGGGCGGACAUGGGGGCACAGAACGCCUCUGGGAACACGGCCCUGCACAUCUGCGCCCUCUACAACCAGGACAGCUGUGCGCGGGUGCUGCUGUUCCGGGGCGGCGACAAGGAGCUGAAGAACUACAACAGCCAGACCCCCUUCCAGGUGGCGAUCAUCGCGGGCAACUUCGAGCUGGCGGAGUACAUCAGGAGCCACAAGGAGACGGACGUGGUGCCCUUCCGCGAGGCCCCGGCCUACACCAACCGCCGGCGCCGGCCCCCCAGCGCGCUGGCCGCCCCCCGCGUGCUGCUGCGCUCCAACAGCGACAACAACCUCCCGGCCAACGCGCCCGCCUGGGCCGCCGGGCCCGCCCAGCGCAGCCUCUCCCCGCAGCCGCUGCAGCCCGCGCCCGGCCCGGCCGACGCCCCGCGGGCCGUGGGCAGCUACGUGCCCGGGCCCCGCAGCCGCUCCCCGUCGCUCCACAGGCUCGGCGGCGCCGGCGAGGAUGGCAAGAGGCCCCUGCAGCCCUGGCCCGCGGGGCCGGCCUUCCCGCCCGGGGCCAACAGGGACACGCCCUCCGCCGCCCAGGGCGCGGGGCCCAAGCGGAAGCUGUACAGCGCGGUGCCCGGGAGGCUCUUCGUCGCCGUCAAGCCCUACCAGCCCCAGGUCGACGGCGAGAUCCCCCUCCACCGGGGCGACAGGGUCAAAGUCCUGAGCAUCGGCGAAGGCGGCUUCUGGGAAGGCAGCGCCCGCGGCCACAUCGGGUGGUUCCCGGCAGAGUGUGUGGAGGAGGUGCAGGGCCGGCCCCGGGACAGCCAGGCAGACACGCGUGCGGACCGCAGCAAGAAGCUGUUUCGGCACUACACCGUGGGCUCCUACGACAGCUUCGACGCCGGCAGCGACUGCACCAUCGAGGAGAAGGCGGUGGUCCUGCAGAAGAAGGACAAUGAGGGCUUCGGGUUUGUCCUGCGCGGGGCGAAAGCCGAUACGCCCAUCGAGGAGUUCACGCCGACGCCGGCGUUCCCGGCCCUGCAGUACCUGGAGUCCGUGGACGAAGGCGGGGUGGCCUGGCAGGCCGGCCUGAGGACCGGGGACUUCCUGAUCGAGGUGAACAGCGAGAACGUGGUGAAGGUCGGGCACCGGCAGGUGGUGAACAUGAUCCGCCAGGGAGGGAACCACCUGGUCCUCAAGGUGGUCACGGUCACCAGGAGCCUGGACCCCGAUGACACCACCAGGAAGAAAGCGCCCCCGCCUCCCAAGCGCGCUCCGACCACGGCGCUCACGCUGCGCUCCAAGUCCAUGACCUCGGAGCUGGAGGAGCUGGAUAAGCCCGAGGAGAUCGUGCCCGCCGCCAAGCCCUCCCGUGCCGCCGACAGCGUGGCCGUGGAGUCCCGCGUGGCCACCAUCAAGCAGCGGCCCUCCAGCCGGUGCUUCCCGUCCGUGUCCGACGUGAACUCCGUGUAUGAGCGCCAGGGCAUCGCCGUGAUGACGCCCACCGUGCCCGGGAGCCCGAAGGGCCCGUUCCUGGGCCUCCCUCGAGGUACGAUGCGAAGGCAGAAGUCAAUAGAAGCCCGGAGGCCAUGA